CUCAAUCACAACCUCCACCUCUCUCACCAACCUCACCGACCUCACCGACCUCACCUCUCUCCCCGACUUGCCUUUCUGCCUUUCCCAACACCAAACCCCGUCGGUGCCAUCAUCAGCCGCAGCCGCAGCGGUAUCCAUUCGUGAGGCUCCCUCCUCGAAGCCAGAGUUUCGUCUUGGCGAUCGGCAACAUGCAAGCAAACUACCGGAAUUACAAUCGCAGUCCGCAGCAAGCGCGACGAGGACCUGGUCCUAUGGUCGCGCCCCCGCAAGCGCACGCGCAGCAGCAGCAACAGCAGCAGCUGAGUGCCGCGCAGAUUCAGCAGCAGCAUCUCGAAGCACUGCGCCGCCAAGAUCUUGCGCGGAGGCAGGUGAAGAAGCCCACGGACCGCGAGAUCCCCGACGAGGUCAGUGAGGCAGUGGUGGGCGAUGGCGUGGAACGCUACAAGAAGCUGCGCGAUGCGGAAAAGAGACUGGACGCGAUCAUGAUGCGAAAGCGGCUGGAUAUUAGCGACAACCUGCAGAGGCGCUGGACUCGGCGCGAAGGCACACUACGCGUAUGGAUCUCGAACACAGCAGAAGGACAGCCAUGGCAGGUAGUAGAAGAGGGCAAUGCCAACGAGGAUGGCAUGUUCGAGCUGGGAGAGAAUCAGGCUACCUUCAAGGUCAAGAUUGAAGGUCGACUGAAGGAAGAUCCCGACGAGGAUGAAGCGGACAAGGCGCCAGCAGGACAUCGCCCUCGGCUGAGCACCUUCUUCAAAGCCAUCACUAUCGACUUUGACCGCAACCCGAGCUUAAAUCCAGAUGGAUACAGCCAGAUUGAAUGGCGCAAGAAGCAGGUCGCUCCUGGUCAAAUGCUGGAUCCGAAAGAUCCCGAAAACAAUUUUGAUCAGCUUGAGUUCACACGCAAGGCCGACGAGAACAUCAACAUCACGAUCAACCUGACGAGAGACGAGAAAAGCGAGCGAUAUAGGCUGAGUCCCGAGCUUGCCGAGAUCCUGGAUACGGAUGAAGAGGAUCGCGCUGGUGCGGUGCAGGGCAUCUGGGAGUACUGCCGCGCCAUGGGGCUUCAGGAAGAUGAUGACAAGAGGAAGAUCAUCUGCGAUGCGGCGCUGCAGAAGAUCUUUAAGCAAGAGACUGUUUACUUUCCAUACGUGCCGGAUUUACUUCUGCACCACAUGAGCCCACUCCCGCCAAUCCAAUUGAAAUAUACCAUCCGGGUCGAUAAAGCAUACAUCAGUGGGACCAAGAAUCCCGAUUCGCCUUCUGCUUUCCUCAACGAUGAAGAGGAGGAGGCGAGGGCCGACCUGAAACCAAGCCAACCAACGGUGUAUGACAUUCGCGUGCCGCUGCCAAACCCACUCAGUCACCAGUUGACGCGAUUCCACACAUCCAAGACUCAUCUCAAUGACCUGCAAACCAUUGUAAAGAUCGAUGAUGACCUUGCGUUACUGGUCCAGAAGAUUCACCAGACCAAUGCUAAGCGCAAGUUCUACAACAGUCUUUCAAAGGAUCCAACAACGUUUGUCAAGCGAUGGAUUAGCUCUCAGCAACGCGAUCUUGAGGUGAUUCUCGCUGAAGCCACACGCGGCGGCGGAGAGGAUGCAACCAACGAGGAGUUUCGACGUGGUGGCAAAGACGGCGUUUGGGGAACCGAACUGGCAAGGGAGAGCGUGGGCCUCUGGCUCGCCCGCAACCAGAAACCAUCCUAGGUGGGUGGUCACGUAUCCUCAAACACUGCAUCGCUACAGUACAGAUUAUACAAGCAAAACAUGGACAACGCUGGCCAUCGUCCGUUGGCUGUUGGUCGCGAUAUCCACGUUCGCACGAACGGAGCCUCUGAACUUUCAGCACACAGCUCGAUGCUGGCGAGCUACCUUCCGACAGCUCCAAACGUACGACAGACUGCAGAGGACCCAGAGAGUACACUGUGAGAUCGUUUGGCUCUACGAGUGCACCAUCAUCGGGUCCCAUCUUCGGCUGGCUUUCUCUGGGAAACUUCGUGGAAAGCCCUCUUCCCCCUUCUCUUCCGAGACUCCAUACAGCGUCACAGGCGGCCUUUCUGCUCUCUCAGCCUGCUUACAUGUACAUGGGCUCGACUCGUACUAUGGUUUCACCACAACCGACAGGGAGCCUGAACAGUAUGUCACCAGACCAGGAGCAGAAGCUAGUGCCAAGCUUUUCUGCUCUGCAGGGGAUGCUUCAGGCGAAAGCAAAUACAGCCACCUUCUACAUGCGGCUUGAGGUAUGGCGGCUUGAGUUUUCGUAAAAUAAUGUACAAGAUCUGCAGAGAGUGUCGAAGAAGAAAGCGCCAGUCAGAGCAGUGCGAAGUGCAGAACGGGAGAUAUUGGUAAUGCGGAAAGCCAUCACGAGACAAGUGAUCUACUUCCGUGCUUGUCAGGCUCACACAGACAGUAGCAUACGUAGAAAGAAAACGUAAGGUACCUUAUUGUCG